GUUGUGGUACACGCAAUAUUAGAUCGUAUGAUUCACGGAUUGUAGGAGGAGUUAUUGCCCGGAAAGGUUCCUGGCCAUGGAUGGUCAGCAUACAGAGUCCGGAUUUAAAUGGAUAUAGCCACUUUUGUGGAGGAACCCUAAUAAAAGACCAAUGGGUGUUGACUGCUGCACACUGCUUUGGUGAUUUAAGCUUUGUGGCCAAAUGGAGAAUUGUGAUAGGAGCUAACAAACUAUCACAACUUGACAAGGAAGUGCAGAUAAGAUCUGUCAAGGCUUAUAUUCUGCACAAAAGAUACGACAGCAAAUUAAAGAUCAAUGAUAUUGCCCUCAUACAGCUCAACUCGCCAGUAGUGUACAAUGACUUCGUUCAGCCAGCAUGUUUACCCAGCAGCACCAUGGACAUCUACAGCAUGAGCACAUGCUACAUAAGUGGCUGGGGACAUUUGUCUGAGAAUGGUGCCGCAACAGCGGAUUUACUGCGGGAAGCCAAAGUGAACUUAAUUGACCUUGAAACCUGUAACAGCCCAGGCUGGUACAAUGGCCGCAUCCAUGCACAAAACCUGUGCGCUGGAUAUCAAAGAGGUGGAGUGGACUCUUGCCAAGGAGACAGCGGAGGACCACUCAUGUGUUUGGAUAAAACAACUUCAAAGUACUUUGUGGCAGGUGUCACAAGCUGGGGUUCUGGUUGUGCCCGCAAACAACGUCCAGGUAUCUAUGCCAGUACCCAGCAUUUUCUGAAGUGGAUUUCUGCUAAAUUGAGUAGCUGCACUCAGCAGAAAAAACAGCCAACUUUUACAGCCACUUCCAAUACAUUUCCUUCAGGAUCUGAACGUAAAUUAGAUAACAUGCCUUCAUCUCAAUCUCAAGUUUUCACAGCAAGGCAAUCUAUGGCGGACAAUCCUUACGUGAGGCAGAUCCUGAAGAGGUUCAAACCUGCAGAGUAG